AUGCCCACAAAGUCAUCUUCCAAAUCAUCCUCGCUGCUUCCGAACAACAACAAUACUCAUGUAAAUAAUAGUAAAAAUUUAUCAACAACAACCGUACAUAACAAAUCCAAGACAAAGAAAUCUAAAAAUUCAAAACCAUCUUCGCCGCCACAUAUUUCUACUCCGCAGUUGAAAAAUGGUUCUUUAUCUACGGAAUCAUCAUCAAAUACUUCCGUGAUGGGAGCUGAUCCAUGCAAUGCUUUUUCAAAAUCUUUGUCAUCAUCAACGGAAAUCAAUCGAGAGGAUGUGCCGAGAGAUUAUUUGAAUGCCUUGGAAGGCAUAGAUACUGCUUCAUUGAUAAACCCAAACGUGCAAAUCGAACAACGAAAAAAGUUUGCUCUUAAAAAGAUAAUUGCUGGCUACACCAAAGGCAUAACGUUUCUUUAUCAUCAAAAAUUUGAAAUUGCAAUAGGUUGCUUUACAACAUCGCUAGGAUUGAAACAAAAUUUAUAUUUCACAAUUAUAAAAGACGAAGAAGAUGAAGAAAAUCCUCGGGAUGAAGAUAUACAGUGUCAACAACCUCUAGAAACUCCAUUCUUGCUCGAAUCUACUCUAUUCGAUGAUGACCAACACCGACAAGACCUUCAUUCAUCUCUCAACAUUCCAGAAUUAGUUUGCUCUUCACUACCUCUUUCUCCUUGUACCUUUACUUUGUAUAUUUUGCGAGCCAUUGCAUUCAUUGGCCAUCAUGUUUACUCAAAAGCAGUAGUAGAUUGUGACUCAGUACUAAGACAGAAUUCUUCCUAUCACUCGGCGUACAUUAUCAAAGGACAUGCACUUAUAUGUAUGAGAAAGUAUAAGGAAGCCUAUAUGAAUUUUACUGCUCUUCUUGAACAAAGCAAUAUGGAAAGAACCAAGUCGUCUCACAAAUGUGAUAUUGAUUUUGAUUUACUCUAUGAGCGAAAAGAAGAUGUAUUUGAUAGUUUACGAACGCUUCAUGGGCUUUCUUAUCACAUUUACGAAAUGUCAAAAAAGCAAAACAAAAAUAAGAAUGACUUGGAUGUUUUGGAUCAAUCAGUUAUUAACAUUUGUAAAUAUUGCGAUUACUAUGAAAAAUCAAUCGUUGAACAUGAGAGAAAAAAAUGUGCAGAAAACUUUUCCAAGAAAAAAGAAGAAUCAGUAGAUGAUAUGUAUUUCAUGGGCGAUGAAAAUGAUUUUGGACUCAAUAUUUUAGAUAUUUAUUGUUUAGCAUCAUCACCAACUGAUAUUAAUUGCCGAAGUAUGGGUGCAGUGUUGCUGGUCGAUUACAUUGCAAGUGCCGUCAAUGAUUACAAUCACGUAAUGUUUGAAGAUUUCGAGAAAAUUGAUCUCAAAAAUAAGAAGGAGAACAAGAGCAUUCUCGAAGAUAUAUUUGAAGAAGAGGAAGAACGGUCACUUAUACUAAAUGGCAUUGACAGUAUUUUAGACUCAUUAUGUCUAUGGGAUGACCAAGAACUAAAACUAUUCUCCACACGAGCUGUGACCGAUCUUUGCAAUGUUGACAAUGAUAGCUCGAUACGAAGGAGAGUUGUACAAUAUGAGGAUGGAGAUGCAUUACGACAAAUUAUUCAGCAACUAUCCCUUAUUGACUAUAUAAUUCCUGACAUGGGAGAAAAUGAUGCACAACUUUGCGAAUUGUUGGAGGCUUCUGUUUGUGCUUUGGCAGCAAUUGCUAGAGGUGGAUCUUCUGAUAUUAGUCGAACAAUUUAUGAGAUGAACGGCCUUAUCGCCCUGUCACCAAUUUUACUUCAAGUUUCGAAGUCGUUAGCCACUCAAAGGCCUCCCAUCAUUAAGGCUGUUUUUAUUGCCCAAUGUUAUGCAUACUUAUCAGUAGAAAAUUUCGAUAUUAAGGAAGCAAUAGUUUCCGAUGAGAAGAUACUUCUUGCCCUCUACAAGCUUUCUUUGCAAAAUAUCGAUUUGGAAGCUAAAAAUUUUGCCAUUAUCACGGUUGGAAAUAGUUGUCAAAACCCAGAAUGUUGGGGUAAGCCUCUUUUAUUGAAACAAAUCUCGGAGCAAGUCAACAAUACACUGAUUUCGAAAGGAUAUUUAGAGCUUUUGGUAGAGAUUAUUAAAAAAAAGCCGGCUACUACCACCACUUCCACAGCUGCAGGAAAUUCAAAGAAAAAACAAUCCAAUAUUGAUCCUUCACUUAUAGAGCUUCAAUAUAACGCUAUUAACACAAUGACUGGUCUUUUAGGUUUUGAAAGCGGUAGAAAAAGGUUCAAGAAAAAUCAUGGAGAAGAAAUUCUCACCAACAUCAUUCUAGAAUCCAAAUUUGAAGCUCUUCGAGAUGUCUGUAGCAAAGCUAGAACCUUCUAUAUUACUCUCAAUGACUAUGGAGAUAACAUUAGUGAAUAUGUGUUCACCAAGUUUAAAUUCUUUAAUUAUUCAAGAAAUACAGAGCUAGAGGCCGCAUCCUACCAAUCUCUUAUGGAUGCUUCAAAUACUAGCAGCACGACACGAUCCAUUACGGACCAAAGUACUGGUCGAAAUGGCAUUUCCACUCCAACCAGUAGUGGUGGACAGAAUACCGUUCCUACCAGCAGAGAAGAAAUCAUCAAAGAAGAAACUAUGAGAUUUUUGGAAAUGAAACGGAAAGGAGAACUCCCAACUGAUUUUAAUGAAGAUUUUUACUCCAAACUCAUGAAUGGAAUAUUGGGAAUUGGAGUAGUGGGUAUGGGACCUACGCCGUCACACGAUCAAACUACCAAUACAAGUCAGAGCAAGCCAUCCAAAAGCAACCUGAAGAAUGUGACACCAUCUUCUGCUGGAAGUCAUCAUUCUCCUCUUGUUGAGGAAAAGAAAUCAAUCAAAGGUAUUGUGACCAAUUCCACGAAUACUCCCAAAAAGACAUCUUCCCAUUCACAUGACAUUCCACCACUCAUUUCAAAAGAUAAUAUUGAUGAUAUUGCAGACUUGAUUUCAUCGUCACCUGAUAAAAACAAAAAGAAAAAGAAGAAACAACAGUCCUCAAAGAAAAAGAAGCAGGAGACGACAACUACAAAGAAAACCACCAGUGUAGAGCAGCCACAACAACCCAAAAAGACGUCUCCAGAAUCUUUGAACAAGUUGCCAAGCAUUUCAUCAUCUUCACCAGCCAUUGUUCAAACGAAGAAUGUAGAAUCUACAAAAUUAUUACAACCAGCAUCUCAUCCUUCACAGAAAGUAAUUGAAUUGUCUGACGAUGAUGAGAGCACUGAAGAAGAAGAUAUCGAAGAAGGGGAUGAAAUGGUCCAUUUUGAGAAAUUGAACAAUGAAGUGCCUACAUCUUCUGCUAUAGCUGCUUCUGAGGUUAUAAACGAAAAGCCACACCCCACGAUGGUCACGACCGAAAAUGAUACAACUUCCUACGAAAAUUUAACACCAGAGGAGAUAUUUAUGUUGGAAUUCGAAAAGGGUAUGGAUCAUUUAAUUAAGGAGUUGUGGUAUACAUAA